CCCCCUUCUAUCUCUCAUUGCGAGCGCAGUAUGGCCCCCUAUUUCGAAACCGUUAAGUCAUUCGCAGAUGUUACAGUGACAGACGCUGGCGUCGACACGCUGGAAUUCCUCCAGGCUGCGGAUGGUGUGGUGGCGCUCUUUGACGUUCUGGGUUCUACUGCCUUCACUGCAGUGCAGAGUGAUAUUAAGGGUAAUAUUGCUAAAGUCAGGGCUCGCUACGAUGCUGUGCCUGCGCAAUCAGCCACUUUGGAGCAGUUAGUCGAGAGCGAGAAGGGCGAGAAGAAGCGACCAGCAACCGAAGGCCUCAUGUGGCUGCUACGUGGUCUCUCGUUCACCUGCAAGGCGCUGCAAAACGCCCAGGCGAAUACGUCGGAGGAGCUUUCCGUUGCGUUCAGCAAGUCAUACGACGCGUCCCUCAAGAAGUUCCACAAUUUCGUGGUCAAAGGCAUUUUCGCGGUUGCCAUGAAGGCGUGCCCCUACCGCGCGGACUUCUACGCCAAACUCGCGUCUGAUCCCGCAGGCGGACCCCCUGUUCCCGCUGACAAGCUGAAUGAAGAACUCAGCAAGUGGCUCGCUGCCCUCGAUUCUAUUGUAAAGAGGGUGGAGGCAUUCUACGAGAAGGGCGGGCACAACAAGGGCUUCUGAUAGAUCCUUCUAGUCCAUUCCGCCUAAGGGAAAAGUGGCUACGUGCUCUCAUGUAAUGCGACCAUUUGUUCACGAGACCUGCAAUCGCCUGCCUUUACAUCCGU